ACCAUUUCCCAUCCCCUUUUCCCUCUCUCGUGUUAUCUCCUUGCCUGCCCAACACCUCCCUCUGGUGCUCCUCCCCCUUUUUUUCAUUCUUCCAUGGCCUUCUGUCUCUUUCACCAAUCAACUUCCUAGCUCUUUGCAUCAUCCCUCCCCCUCCAAGUUUCACUUAUUACUUGGUGUUUCUUCUCCCCUUCUCCCACCUUUCAAACCUACUCCUCAGUGCUUUUUAUCUCCAGUCCUGCCGAAGGGUUUCGGCUUGAAACGUCGACUGUGCUUUUUUUCCAUAGAUGCUGCCUGGCCUGCUGAGUUCCUCCAGCAUUUUGUCUCUGUUGCACGACCUCUUCUGAACUCUCUCCAAUGCCAGAUCAUCUUUUCUUGGAUGUGGAGCCCAAAACUGUUCACAAUACUCAAGGCAAUGUUCGCUCUUCAAUGUGAACUAAAUGCCAAGCAAGAUCCUCACAUCACUGGAGGACAUCCAUCUAUUUUUCAUCAACUUUGCCAAGAAAGUCAGCAUGAAAGGCGCUCCAGUUAGAAUGUUGAAGUUUCGCUUUCAAUGGAUGACUUUGAGAUAUGCCACAGACAACUUAAUCAAGAUAUGAUGCAUCAUUACAGGUUCUACUUGACCUGAUGACAAGACUCAGAAUUGCAGACGUGAAAUGAGAGAAAAAUUGUGCUAACAGUUUGAAAUCCAUGUAUUUUUUUAAAAACACCUACAUUUCUCAGGGAACUUGAGGAUUCUAAGCCUUUAUUUUGACUUGUUUUCAUAAUCUUGCAAGGAAUUUGGCAAUCCAUUUGUGGUUUAUCCAUUGAAUUGCCUUACGAACACAUGAUGGGAGACCAACCCCCUUUUAAAUCUAAUCACUCCGUGAACAAUACAGAAAAUAGGUACUAUUCACAACAACCACAAUCCAGCCCAUUGAGUGGAAAUAUGAAUCAUAACUAUGGACCUACAGGCAUGGAAACAUCUCAGUCUUCUCCAGCUUCACCUCACUUUCCUUCAGAUUCAAGGGAAGCUGCAGUAGCAGGGAGCAUGCCAGCUGUUACCAAGAGCCUUAUGAUAGAACCACGAAGGCCAAGUAAUUGGCCUCAUUCCAGUGCUGGCAAUCAUAUUCAAAUGCAGAAUGACCUUAGCAAUUCUUCCAUGAUGUGGACCUCUACUGCUCAAGCCAAUGCUCCUGAUGGAUACUCAUAUGCAUUUUCUUCUCCGGCAACUGACACAUCAUCCCAGAAAUUGACCAGUGAUGUAUUGCACAAGUUGGACUCCUUCACACAGGUUUUUACCAAUCGCAACCUCAGGAUGCAGCAGGCAAACAGCAUUGCCUCGACCCUGCCGAGCCAGGCGACAGUGGUUGAGAGUGUUCGGGACAGUGCUCUCCGGCAGCUGCUGUCGCAGAAAAUUCCAGCUGAGCAACAGGCUGCCAUGCAUCCAAUUCAGCGAUUUCAGCAUACUCCAACACAGCAAAUGCAUCAGGGCUUUCCAACUGCGCAGUCGAAGCAACAGUUGCAAGCCAUCCAUCAGCAGCAGCAACAACAGCAGCUGUAUUUUGAGUUCCAGCAAUUGGCCCAAAUGCAGUCACAACCACAGCCAAUGCUACAACAUACUCAGUCGCAUGUUCAGCAGCUGCAGGCUCAGCAAGUGCUGCCUCAACAAAUUCAGCAACUCCCACAGCAACAGUACUUUGUACGCCAGCAGCAGUCCCAGCAGCACAUGACGGUGCCUGACCUGCAGCAGCAGCAGUGUCACAUGCAUUCAGUGCAAUUCUAUCAGCCGCAGCAGCUCCUGUGCCAGUUACAGCAACCUGUGCAGCCGCAGAUGCAGCCUCCACCUCCCUAUCACAGAAACCAAAACCCCAAGUCCAUGCAGCAGCCUCAGUACUCCCAGGAACAAUCCCACCCUUCUCAACACAUCCAGAUGGAUGUUCCCACUCAGUAUUUCUAUCAAGAUCAGGCACACUAUCGUCAUAUGUACCAACAAAAUCAGUUGCAUCAGCAACAAGAGGAAACUAUGCAACAGAAACAGCUCCAUGUUGAUAAUCGCAUUCAGACAUCACUUGUUCCCCUUACAAGUACCUCUUCCUUGGUCAUAGACGAGGCGACGAGGAAGGAAUUAAGUAACAUGAGCCAUCCUGGGACUCCUAUGGUUCCUCAAAGACAUCUUGUAGCACCGCCUAAUCUUCCUCAAGCACCUGCCAAGGCAUCUCAACAGCAAUCUCAUAAUCAAACAUGGUCCCAGAUUUCUCUGACCAACAUAAAGCAAGGGGACUUGACCGUUGAACACAGUGGCCAAAGCCGAGUUUCUUUCCAAGAAAGGAUAGAUGAAAAAAGCAGGCUGAUAUGUUCAAUAUGCCACAAGGAAUUCAAGAGCCUACCUGCUCUGAAUGGCCAUAUGAGGUCUCAUGGUGGUCAAAGGGCAUCUCCUAAACAGGACCCCUCUAUAUCUGAGGCUGAAAGCCUUUGGUUGUCUGUACAGGAUGAAGGAGAGAAGCAGCCUAAAGAGGUGGAUCACCUCAUGCCUAUCAUCAUGCCUGUCUCUGUACCUGUAAAGCCUCUGCCUGCUGAAGCCAGCAAGCAGGCCACGAAGGACAAGCCUACCAACUCUGUUUCAGAUGACGAGAUGCCAGUCCUCAUGAAGAUGACUGAUUCUCCACCAAACGCUUCCACAGUGGCCCAAUCCUGCUCAUCCUCUGAGAUUGUUCGAAAGUGUCAACCCGUCGAUACACAAUCAGAAGAUAACUUGAAACCACGUCAAGACAAGAAGAAAUAUCGACAUAGGCCAGAGCCUCUCUACAUCCCUCCACCUUUCGUCAACCUCUCUGCUUCGUAUCCAGGCGCAACGCUAUACCAAAGUCAGCUCCGUUCACCAAGAAUCAUGGGUGAUCACCUGCUGGACAGGACCCAAGAGCUCCCUCCCUACACACCACCCCCAAUGCUGAGCCCAGUGAGACAGGGCUCUGGCCUUUUCAGCAGCGUCAUUUCUUCACACGGUGGCACUUAUCCAACGCUGCCCAUCACCCCUUUAACUCCACGAAUACUGCUUGGUCGCACUAAUAGCAUUGAUGCAACGACAAUAACCCCUGGACCUGGGGAACAGACUGUUGACAUUGAACCGCGAAUCAACAUGGGGUUGCGGUUUCAAGCAGCAAUCCCAACUUUGCAAGACAGGUCACUGGCUGAAAAAGAUGUCUGUAAAGCAGACUUGGUGUGGAAGCCUUGGUGUGAGUUGGAAAACCCAGAAGUACAACAAAAAGUGGAAGAUAUGCUGAACAUGGCUUGCUCUAGUGUGCUGCCAGGUGGUGGGACAAAUAGAGAACUUGCCCUACAUUGUCUUUUUGAGGCAGGGGGGAACAUUUUGAUGGCCGUGGAGGUUUUGUUGAUGAAGAUGCCAAUUAAAGACAAAUUCCAUCCAUUGGCAGACUAUCACUAUGCUGGCUCUGACAAAUGGACAACAAUGGAAAGGAAACUGUUCAACAAAGCCCUGACUAUACAUAACAAGGACUUCUUCCUGGUUCAAAAAAUGAUAAAGACAAAGACAGUGGCACAGUGUGUGGAAUACUACUACACUUGGAAAAAGCUCUUGCGAUUAGGUCGAAAACACCGAACACGCCUUGCAGAAAUGGAAGCUGAGGGAAUGUUUAGUGAUGAAGAUGAAGAAGUGGAGGAUGAAGAUGAUGACGAUGACAGAAAAUCAGAUAGAGUUGAGGAGAAAACAGAAGCACCGAAGUCCCCUUUACAAGUGCCAGUGGUUCCUGUGGAGCAGCUGGUCGUUCAAGGGCCUACCUUCAUGUGCGAAGUGCCGAAUUGUGGUGCAAUAUUCAGCUCCAGGCAGGCUUUAAAUGGCCAUGCACGGAUUCACGGUGGUUCAAACCAGGUGCCAAAGCAGACAUCUGCAGCUAAACUUAAAACAGGAGGAUCUCAGCCAGGCUUUGCAUCUGUCAAGAAUUCUCCAGCACACAGCACAACUAGUGGUGAAACAGAUGGUACUACAAUUUUCCCUUGCAAGGAAUGUGGAAAGAUGUUCUAUAAGAUUAAAAGUAGAAAUGCUCACAUGAAAACCCAUAGACAGCAGGAGGAACAGCAGCGCCAGAAGACACAGAAAGCCCUUGCAGCUGCUGAAGCAGCGACAGUAGUCAGACCUGCUUCACCAAUAGCACCAAUGUUACUUCACCCAGAUCACAUGAGUAUGGUAAAGCGACACUUAGAAGUAGAAGAUCAUGAUAUCAUUCAGGAGUUAGAAGAUGUAAUGGAUGAAUCAAAUGUCAUGGAUACAGACCUACUUUUAGAUGGAGAAGAUGGAGAAUUCCUCCAAGAUGAUGAAUUGUGAAUGUCUUUAAAACAAUUUUCAAAAGGACACAGAAUAAUCUUCAAAUACAAUAAAUUGUGUUUAUAAGUCAUCACAAAGUACCAAGGUUAGUUCAAAUGCAGAAGAAUUGCAGGAGGAUUGCACAUAGACGGAGAUGCUCGACUUGCUUUUUGCCAUUAAUACCAUUUAAAGAGGCUAAGUAAAGCCUUAUGGACAAUAAUUUUCCCUUUUAGCUGCUUGUUAAAAGUUGCUUCGAAGCAUUGAAGCCAAACGGGUUUUUUGCUAAAAUGGUUUUUUGUCGAGUGAAAGUUUCAGAAAUUAAAUUGUUCUACUUUUCUAUAAAUGAAGCAAAAAAAACUGUAAAUAAGGUUCAAAAUUAUAUAUAUUUUAAAUUGUUAAAUCUGAUUUGUUUACGCAUUUAUUUAACUGCUGUUCCUUGGUGUUACCUAGCAGGUAUGGUGUAAAUACUUUAUAUCCCAAAAUUCUAUUGCAAAAGCAAAAUAUUUUUGAAAGUAAAAGUGUCAAAAUGACAAGGAGAUUGCAGAUCUUUCACUGGGGCUGUUUUCUGUUAUUACAAUGUUGUACAGAAUUAUUAAAGCUUUAUUUUAUUAAUUUGGGGAUACAGAUUGUGGUCAGAUUGCAUGCCUUUUACUCCAUAAUGUAAUUUAUUUUUUUUAUAUUUGCACUGUAAAUGUUUUUUUCAAGUAUGUGAGGAGAGUCUUCCAUACAUUUGUAGUCAUCUUUCGUUUAAAUAUAUAAUGAGAUGUACUUGUCAUGUUAUGAAUGAAGCACUAUGUAUAGUUCAGUGAAUGAAUUCACUUUAUAACAUGCUUUAGUUGUAUAGCCAAAAAAAAAAAUCUGGAAGAUUUUUGUGCCAUUUCCUUGGGAAGGUUGCAUAAAUUUAAAAAACAGAGAUGGUAUCUUUAAAAUAGGCAGUAUUUUCUUGUGGAUUUAGUAUUCACUUUUGCAAGUUGUGUUUGAAUAAUGUACUCAAGAUUUUUUAAAAAAGGAAUGUGAUGGGAUUAACUGAUUUUUUUUCCUAUUAAAAUGAUCAAAGAAAGUGAUUUUUUGCCUUCCAAAGCACCUGAAAUAAAAGUUGUU